AUGUUGGGAGCUAAUUCUCAGGAAUCUGGAACCCAGAUGAUGGUUUAUGAAUUUGGAAUAUUCAGCACAAGAAACCGGCAGUUUUUUUCAUGUGGCAUUGUAUUGUAUCCAUAUCAUCGUAAAUUCGUUACGGACGGCCCCAACUUUCAAGCACCAAAGGAAAAAGGUUGGUUCAGAGCUUUCUCCCCAAGAAAUCCUGGCAUAAUUGGUCGUGCAAAUGAGGGUAAGGGGGAAUCUUCACGGUCUCAUCCUUCAGAUGAAAUGAAUUGAGAAGGAGAUGCUACUUCCUCAUAAUUUGAACUGAAAUCUUGGUUAGCCUAAUGUUAUUGCAAACUCAGUCAUGUGCAAAAUUUAACACAUUUGGAAUUGUAUAGUUAUCAAAAUUAAACACUUUUCGAAUUGUGUGCUACUUCCUCAUAAUUUGAACUAAAAUCUGGG